UAUACACGCAACUUCUUCUCUAAUUCUCGAAAAUCUCUUUGCCAAAUUUGAAAAUCGACAUUGGAGGGAAUUCUUGCACCGAUAUAGAUAUGCAUUUCAAUGGUGACAUAGCGAGCCUUGAUGCCAAACUGUUGCAACUUCCGGAGCCGGAGGUGGCUCCUCUGACCAGCCAAGCCAUUCGUGAUUUCGCCGAGAAGCUUUUCGAUCAGUGGCUUUCGCUUCCGGAAACAAGUAAUCAAGUAAAAUAUUUGCUCUAUAAAGCUAAGAGAGGUCGUUCUUUGAAUGUCUCUGGAGCAGUAGACCUACCUGCUUUAGGCUCUCCCAAGAAAUUAGUGAAUGACCCUGGGAAAGAGGUUAUACCGCAGUUCUAUUUUCAAAAUGGCCGUCCACCCUCCCAAGAAUUGCUAAAUGAGUGCUUGUCUAGAAUCAAACAGUUUUUUUCUGCUGAAAGUAAAGGACUCCGAAUCCAGGAAUUUAAACUAGCUACGAAGGAAAUUUGCAAGCUCCCAUCAUUCUUCUCCAUUGCACUUUUUACAAAGAUUGACGUCAACUGCACAGGCAUUGUGACCAG